AUGAAUAUCUCCAUUAUAUUGGACACCCACAUGUAUAUCGAUGGCUCGGGUCAGAAGGUAUUUGGCUAUGAUUGGGAGAAAUGUGUGGAUCUUGCAUCGCUGUUUGAGGCCGUGGAAAAUGCAGAUAACUAUAUGUUUUUCGGUAUGGCCAUGGCCUUGAAGCCAGUAGAGUGGCAUCGUGGGAAAAAGAUGGUUACCUAG